GUCGCCCAGGUCCGCGAGUGGAUAUAGUCCAACAUCGCUUGCUUCCAAUUUCUAAAACGCGCAGGCAAGCAUCGACGAGCUCAUGAGAACGUUUGAAAGCGCCGCGGUAGACAUCAAGAGCGACUUGCAGUUGUGCGAUAUGAGCGCACGAAGGUGAGAUGGAUCCUCUUUACCGUUGCGUAAGAGGUCACGCAGAGGACGACCAUCUGUGAGCUGCUACCGUACUUGCCUGCGGUCAGGUAUCUUGACCCUAGAAUAGCCUUUUUAUGUGCUUAAAUGGCCUCCAGCCCUGCGAUCUGUCAAAGCUCAGGUUGAGUUUCGCACCAGUUUCUGACGCCUAAUUUGCCAGCGACAUGAAUCAUGACCAACGCCUGGGCGAUGCUCGACUUGGCUCUUUCCCAUCUUCACGGUUUGGAAGACGGUGCUAUCCAUCUCUGCAUGGAGGAGCGUUCGCGUUCCAUGCAAUACCCAGCCGAGGGAAUCCGCGAAUUUGAGACCGCGCGACAAUCGAUCAACGCGACGUUCACAGGAAGGCACCAGACGUUCCGUGGCUAAACGACUGACUAUUGUACAUGGCCGCUCGAAGAUACUGGGCACGAUGAAUCAAUAAUAUUAGUAUUUAUAUGCACACACCAAACAUGGUACGGAAGAUACGGGGCCUCCAUCUGUUUGUGGGUAACGUUGAAUACCGUGCUAUGGCGGAGGGCAUGUAGGAAAUGGCCGCAGACUAGUCUGUGUCUGGGGUGUGUUUUGUCGGCAAGUUCCGGGUUGUCUUUUCUGACUCAUCAGCACUCCCGCCACGAUCUACGUCAGCCACUGUGACGCCGAUCCCAGCCUGAUCACUGAAAACCAAGAUCUAUGAUAAACCCUUAUAUACACAUUAUAAUCCCCACAAUGUCUAUGAUCGUAUAAAAUAUAGCAGUGCAGAAGCCAUAGUCUUGUAUAGAAAUAUAUUGUUAUCCCUUGCGACCAAUCUUUAUCAUGAUUAAACUCAAACA